AUGGCUGGUUCUCAUCGCCGCGAUGUUCAGUAUGAGGUGGGAGCUUGGGUUUAUGUUAAACUCAGGCCAUAUCGCCAAACUUCUCUUGUCGGUAAGACUCCACAGAAAUUGGCGAAACGUUAUUUUGGACCAUUUCAAAUCCUUAAUCGGAUUGGGCCGGUGGCCUAUCAUUUGGCUCUUCCUGAGACUUCAAAAAUCCAUCAAGUAUUUCACUGUUCUAUUUUGAAACCACAUCAUGGGCCUCCACCUUCAGUAGCGGGAACGCUUCCGUCAAGUAAUUAUAAUAAUGGGCCUUUACUUAGUCCAUUAGUCAUAUUAGGAACCCGUGAGAAUAUUUCUGGUGAGUCUUCACACUUGGAAGUUCUGGUGCAAUGGCAAGGUCUUCCUCCAGAAGAAGCUACUUGGGAGCCUUGGAAAGAUAUUCAACGUACUUUCAACCUUGAGGACAAGGUUCUUCUGCAAGACGCGAGGAAUGAUACAAUAUGCAUCCAGGAGGAGAGUGGAUCAACUGCUAGGCCCAAGAGAAAUACUAGGAGACCCACAAAUUGGGAUGAAUACGUGCACUGA